AGUAGACAAUCGAGUGGUACUUGAAAUCGGAGAUUGCAACCAAGGAAGACCAAUGAUGUCCUAGCGACAUCGCCAAAUACCCAAUCAACCAAUGUAGAAGAGUGUGUGGAGAACGAGAUUCCUGGACAGACCGGACCACAAGGUAUCACCCCUUUGUCUCUGACGGUGCAAUUGGAGAAACGGUGGCGUGGAGCAACCGAGACCAACAGGGAUUAGACUUCAAAACCAGAGGACAGAGUCGUCAUUCUUGAGUACAAGACCUGAUCAUCAGGACCUGAAUAUCAGGAAUACAUCCGGACCUGAUUUUCCACGGACAAUCCACCAUGGCAGGGCUUGGAUCCAACCGACAUCAAGUCUCGGUUACUCUUUGUACAUCAUCUUACGAGUAUAACAUCCAAGGUCUUCUGGAUCACCUGAGGGAUCUCCAGCGACAACUUCCCCAUCUCAUCAAGAAUGUUACCUACCAUCAACUCCCUUACAACAACAUCGACAAUUAUAAAUUUGCCAAGGGAAUCCAUGUGGAUGUGAUGAUUCUCUGCCACUCCAUCGCAAACAGAAGAUUUGCUCUCACCGACGUGGCUGAUGCUUGCUACAAUAAGUUCCUCCCGAAUUGCAAAAAGCUUCUAGGAAAAGAGAAGAUUGCGGUAAUAGCUCACGACUUCGACAAUUUGAAUGACCAGGACUUACAGGACCGCAUUGCUAAUUUUCGGCUCCAGCAACCAAAAACCUUUGACAGCGCAGGUCUAGUUCUGAUAUGUGGGAAGCUGGUCGAAGGGAAAGAAUUUCCUGAACCCUCCAAGGCACAACUCCUCGCUUUCUUGACAAGAGCCUCCGAACAGCCUGAGGAAAUGAAGACUGGUGGUGUUUCCAGUUUUCUAAAGAAAUUCGAAUCAUGCAGUUCUGGACAAGCCAUCGCAAUAACAUCACCACAUAAUCCUGCACAAUAUCCUGGACCACAAACUGGACAAUAUGCUGGACAUCAACCUGGACAACAAAGCCAUUCACAACCUCCUUUACGACUUCCUACACAGCAUCUUGCACAACACCAUCAACAACUUCCUGCGCAGCAGAGUCCAUCCUUGCCGAUCUAUGUGUCCGUAUGUACUUCUUCAUACGAGCAAAACAUCGAGGGCUUGAUUUUCUGGCUUAGGAAGCUGAAAACAGAUCAUCCACGCUUGAUCGCCGACAUCCGUCUUCGGAGCCUACCGUACAACGAUAUCGAUUCGUUCAAGUUUCCUUCAAGCGACCCGGUCGAUGUGAUGGUGCUUUGCCAUUCGGUUCGCAAUCGAGGAUUCUCAAUCACAGACGUCGUGAAUUCUAUCUACGAUAAAUAUCUGAAGCAUUGUUCCAAAGAGAUAGGAAAGAAGAAGUUGGCGGUGAUUGUUCAUGACAUUAGUGAAUGGAAUCCAGGAGUCGUUCGUGGCAGGAUGGACACCUUCCAGAAAACACAACCCUCGACAUUCAGGCUUGUAGACACUGUGAUCAUCGGCGGUAGCCUGGAAAAGCCAGACAAGUUCGAGAUUUCAGAGGUAGACAUGUCAAGACUCUUCUACUUCUUCGAAUCGGCAAGCUUGGUUCCACGAAAGAAGAUGUCAAUUUUUGGAAAGGUGUUUUAAUGAACAUGAAAUUUCCUCAUUUCCGUGGACACCACAAACAGUGCAGCAUGCAAUGUAAGAAUUCUCGAAUUAUUAUCACAAAGAUGAAAGUCCUUAGGUAUCACCGCUUUCAUAGAAUUCACAUUUUCUAAACUCCGUCAUGUAAAGAGUACCGCGUGUACUGUAAGAAGCCCCAAAUCGCUGAAGAUAAAAGCGGUUUCACCUUUCAUUUUACUUCUACAUCAAUCUGUUCAUAAUGAGAAAAAAAGUCGAAUACUAAAUGACACACAGCUUCAUCUCAAUGCAUGUAUAACCCGUAUGCAUACAAUAUGUAAAGUGUUCAUCUUCUUCUGUUGUGUGUGUGGGUGUGAGUGUGGAAUAUUUACGUGCGCGGGUAGUGUGUGUGUUUGUGUGGGGAUGUAUGAUUAAACUUUGUUCACAGACGUGAAAGAGGAUGUUGAGUUUCUGAAGAAGAAAAGAAAGAUGAAAAAAUUACUUGUAAGCUUUCUCAUUCUGUUAUUGUCAGUUUGUAUAAAUAUCUUAGUAGAAAUAGGAUCGCUUGUCAAAUGCCCUCAUAUUCAAAAUAUUUCAGAAAUAGCUGAAAUGUGUGGACCAAACUUGAACGUCAUAUGUAUGUGACCAUUGUGUGUAGAUCCACGUCUCCCUUUUCUGUGUGCAAUGUAUGUCGUUUGAGUUAUUUUCUUGCCAGUUUGAUUUUUUUUUUAACUUCACAGUAUGCAUCUGUUCUUUAAGUUUGUAGGCUACGAAGUCAACCUUACCCAAUCAUUGUCAAUAGUUUCAGGUAGUUUUUGUUUAUAACAGUGUUAUUAAAUGACCAAGGUGUUUCACGAAUACUAAGAUCAACUUUAAAUUGUACUUAAAUAUUGCAUGCCAUU